AAAGAUGGCGGACGUGUCGGACAGCGGAGCGCCGGACGAGAAAGAAGCGGAGAUGGAGGCGAGGAGGAGGCUGAGGAGGCCGUGGGAGGAGGCUCACAGGCCGGGCAAAGCGGGCCUGGCUCCCGGGCUGCCGGAGACUCUGGGGGUCUACGACAUUAGCGCCGUCAGGAGGGAGAAACGCGACGUGUCUGCAGAUCCGUCGUUGACACGUUUCAUCAGCACCGAGCUCACCAGAGGAUACUUCCUGGAGCACAAUGAGGCAAAGUACACGGAGCGCAGAGAGAGAGUUUACACAUGCAUGCGUAUUCCCAAGGAACUGGAGAAGCUGAUGACCUUUGGCUUCUUCCUGUGUGUGGACGCCUUCCUGUACGUCUUCACGCUGCUGCCCAUCAGGGUGCUGCUGGCCCUGCUUCGCCUCCUCACCCUGCCAUGCUGCGGCGUCAGUGGGUCCCGGCUGCUGCAGCCAGCGCAGGUGUGUGACGUGCUGAAGGGCCUGAUCAUGGUGCUGUGCUUCUCCAUGAUGCACUACGUCGACUACUCCAUGAUGUACCACCUGAUCCGAGGACAGUCGGUCAUCAAACUCUACAUCAUCUACAACAUGUUGGAGGUGGCAGAUCGGCUCUUCUCCUCUUUCGGUCAGGAUAUCCUGGACGCUCUCUACUGGACGGCCACAGAACCCAAAGAACGGAAAAGAGACAGUAUAGGAGUCAUCCCUCACUUCCUCAUGGCCGUCUUCUACGUCUUCCUCCAUUCCAUCCUCAUCAUGGUCCAAGCCUCCACCCUCAACGUCGCCUUCAACUCCCACAACAAGUCCCUGCUCACCAUCAUGAUGUCCAACAACUUCGUGGAGAUCAAAGGAAGCGUGUUCAAAAAAUUUGAGAAGAACAACUUAUUCCAAAUGUCCAACAGUGAUAUCAAAGAGCGGUUCACCAGCUACGUUCUCCUGCUCAUCGUCUGUCUCAGGAACAUGGAACAAUUCUCAUGGAAUCCAGAGCACCUGUGGGUGUUGUUCCCCGACGUCUUCAUGGUCGUCACCUCUGAAGUCGCUGUCGACAUUAUUAAACAUGCUUUCAUCACAAAGUUCAACGACAUCACUGCAGACGUGUACAGUGAAUACAGAGCCAGUCUGGCCUUCGAGCUCGUCAGCAGUCGACAGAAAAAUGCUUGUACUGACUACAGUGACUCAGUGGCUCGGAGAAUGGGAUUCAUCCCUCUGCCUUUGGCUGUUCUGCUUAUCCGAGUGGUGAUGACUUCAGUCAAGGUGCAAGGAGCCCUGUCAUAUACUUGUGUUUUCCUCUUUUAUCUUGGGUUGGUUACACUUAAGGUGUUGAACAGUAUUGUGCUCCUGGGGAAGUCUUGCGUUUACGUCAAGAGAGCCAACAUGGAGGACAAGCUGUUUGAGAAGCCCUCCACCCCCACUGCCUCUUCCUCUGCAAAGACCCCCAGUAAAGCUGAGCCGGCCAGAUGUCCCACACCUUCAGGUGAAUCUAAGGUGGAUGAGAUCCCUGUCACACCCUGCAGUCCACCAUCCUCUUCCUCCACCUCCACCACCUCCUCUUCCUCUGUGACCGCUCAGCCGGCUCCCAGGACUGACUUGUUUCCUCCCCCGCCCACUGACUCCUCUCCUGCUGCACCAGCAAGCCGUCCUCCAUCUCCAUCUCCACCACCUGAACCAGAACAACCCGCAGCCUCACUCUCCAAAGAAGGAGAAGAUGAGGAGGAGGCACAAGCAGCCGCUGAGCUGAAGCACAGGACUCCCAAAAACGACCUGCUGGAGGUCGACCGGUUCACAAUCUGCGGUAACCGCAUCGACUGAGCAGCAGCAGCAGCAGCAGCAGCCGUGAAUGUAGUGAUGAACCACUCAGGAAAGACAGACAGCCGAGGCCUCUCAGUCCGGCCCCCCUGGCCAACAGCAGCAACAAGCUGAGUAUUUAUUCAAGUCACUGGCGACACAGAACGUUAUUGUGAACAGGGACAAAGCCUGAGGUCCAGAAGAUUGACGAAGAAAACUUGAGCAGGAUUUUAAGAGCACAUUGAGAGGGAGGCGUCAGGAUGAACUAGUGUGUGUCUGUGUGUGUGUAGGUGUUGAGAGUGUGUGAUCCAGCGUAUGUGUGAGCACACAAGCACUUCCAGUGUGAGCAGCACUGGGACCAGGAAGAGGGAGUUUCUCAGUUUUCUCAGCAGCCUGAAAAGAACCCAGAAUAACUUCUACAUUAAAACCUGGCGCCAUUUAUAACUGCAUCAAGUGUUUCCUCUUCCCUCUAGUUAAAACAAUUGUCAGGGUAAUUUAGUCUGAAUGUUAGUUGUAGGUCUCACAUCAAAAUCAAUAUACAAGACUUCUUCUUCUUUUAGGAGCCGCACCAUCAGAUUUACUGAGGUUAUUCACACUGUUCAAUAAAGAGGAACUAGAGGUGGUCAGAGCCGAGCGUUUCCUCCAAACUGAAGGUCAGUUCCCUGUAGUGAUGUUAGAUACAUUUAAUUGGUCUUGAGGUGAUUAAUGAGACUUGAAAGUAGAUAGCAAAUAUAUUUCUGCUACACAUAUAAUAAAGUUUAAUUAGAUUCCUCUACUAUUUCUAUCAGUUAUACCUUUAGGCAACAGAAAAAGAGAAAGAAUGAACUUUUCAAAUUGGUCUCAACUGUUUCACACACAGCUGGUGAUGAGGGGUCGCUCACAGUUCAAAACUAACUAGUAAACACUGCAAUUAACCGUCACACACUGUUGAUAUUAGAGUUUCUAUGCUUCGCCGCUCGCUUCAUCUUUCCCGCUGUGUUCAGACCAAAGUGAAAGUUUAUACCUCGGUGGGGCUUGUUUGCAUGGGUUUUUAAAGAGCAGCUUUAAGUGGAGCCACGACAUUCCAUCAUUAGCAGCCAACACAGAAACCUUUUAUUCAAAGGCCCAGUCAGAGCACAGCAUUAUCCGAAGCUGCAACUCUAAUGUUGAAAGGCUCCGACACUAAAUAUGUUGCUUCUCCAGCCACUUACACAGAAAAAGAGCUUUUGCUGAAGAUAAUCUCAGUUUCCUUCUUGCUAAGGUUACGUUUGUCAUCACUUUGCCCCACGGGACUAAUUCUUUUACAUCUCACAUCCUUCAAGGUUUAACGAGUGUGAUUGUCGUUGGAUAGAAAUUGUUUUUACUUCUUCGUUACUUUAGGUCUGGAGAAUGUUUGCACUGAUGGACCACGUGGUCCCAUUUCUCAUCGGCCUCUCAAGUGAUGUUCUAAUGUUUACAUCCUCAGAAAAAAAAUAGAAAAGCAAUAUUUCCACAACAAAAUGCCUUGUUUGAAUGCAUGCUUCUUUUUCUGUUGACUGAUCUUGUGAAUUUUUUAAUUUAAACUGAUUUAAACUUUUUCUUUAAUUGCAAUGAAAAACCUAU